AUGUCUCUCUUCAGACUGUGCCUGAGGAGGCAGUGGCCCGCGGCACUGUCACACCUGCUCCGCUCCGUCAGGCUCCCGUACGCCCGGAGGUUGCAUGGCUCUACCCGCCUCAGACAAGACCAGAGCCCGUGGAGCAAGGCCCGCAGUCCCGAACAGCACUAUCAGCUCACAGACCUGGACAAGGCAGAUGCACUGAUGCUACGGAAGUCACACGAAACGGGAUUUCUCUCUUGGUUUCGGAAUGGGCUUUUGGCUACUGGGAUUGGAGUCAUUGCUUUUGUGCAAAGUGAAGUAGGACGAGAGGCUGGAUAUGCCUUCUUCAUCCUGGGAGGAGUGUGCGUGUCGUUUGGGGGAGCGUCAUACAUCAGCAGUUUGUUUGCCCUGCGGAGGAUGAUGCUGCUGUCCGUCCCAGCCUUCCUCCUCCAGGCCGCUGUAGUGAGCAGUGUGGCCCUCUUCUGGCUGUGCGCAGUAUCGCUGUAUAUCGGGAGACUGGAGGUGGAGAUCAUCCAUGAAGAUGAUGAUGAGGAGGAGUGCAGGGAGUGCCGGGAGAGAAGGGAGCAGAGGGAUUACCGUAACAACAACACGAGAGAGACUACGGACCGUGACAGCAAGGGCCCCGACAAGUAG